UCCUGGGGAUUCGUCGCUUGUGCGUCUGUCGCCUCGCGGGUUGCGGGAUCCCCUUGGACAGCCUGGACUGUCCAGCCAGAUGUAACCCCUCUCCUCCCCAGCCUGCAUGCAUGACCCUAGUCUUGGGGUCUCGUUUACUGCGUACCCGUGACCCCGACCCUGCUCUCGGCUGGAAGAGAAGAGCAGAUGGCAGCCUCUGAGGUAGCUGGCAUUGGGGCCAAUGCCCCUGGUUCGUCAGAAUCUUCUAGUUUAUGUGCUUCAGAGGAAGCUCUCCCCGGUGGUCUAAGCCUCAAAGACCCUGCACAGAAGCAGAAGCACUCACCUCCGCCGAGUGUAAGUAGCCAAAUGAUAACGAAGGAGAAGAGCAGAAGUGCCCAUUUGGAACACCCAGAGCAGAAUCCUGGCUCAUCAGCAGGUGAUGCUUUGGCAGUGCACCAGGAAGCUUUAGGAGAAAACUUGACAGCUACAGACCUCUGUCUUUCUGGCAGUGGGUCUCAGUCUGAUUUGAAGGACUUGGCCAGCAUGACAGGAGAGGAAGGGGAUACCAGCCUCCAGGAGAGCCUUCAUCCAGUCACUCGGUCUCUUAAGGCAGGGGGCCAUACAAAGCAACUUGUCUCCAGGAAUUGCUCUGAAGAGAAAUCCCCACCAGGCUCCAUCCUAAAGGCAGGUAGCAGGGACACAGGCUUGGAUUUCCGACCUGUAGUGCCUCCAGCCAAUGGGGUCGAAGGAGUCAGAGUGGAUCAGGAUGAUGAUCAGGAUAGCUCUUCUCUGAAGCUUUCUCAGAACAUUGCUGUACAGACUGACUUUAAGACAGCGGAUUCAGAGGUAAACACAGAUCAAGAUAUUGAAAAGAAUCUGGACAAAAUGAUGACAGAGAGAACCCUGUUGAAGGAGCGUUACCAAGAAGUCCUAGACAAGCAGAGGCAGGUGGAAAACCAACUCCAAGUGCAAUUGAAGCAACUUCAGCAAAGGAGAGAAGAAGAAAUGAAGAAUCACCAGGAGAUACUCAAGGCUAUUCAGGAUGUGACCAUAAAGCGGGAAGAAACCAAGAAGAAAAUAGAGAAAGAAAAGAAGGAGUUUUUGCAAAAGGAGCAGGACCUGAAAGCUGAAAUUGAGAAGCUGUGUGAGAAAGGCAGAAGAGAAGUGUGGGAAAUGGAACUGGAUAGACUCAAGAACCAGGAUGGUGAAAUAAACCGAAACAUUAUGGAAGAGACAGAGAGGGCCUGGAAGGCAGAGAUAUUAUCACUAGAGAGCCGGAAGGAGUUGCUGGUAUUGAAACUAGAAGAAGCAGAAAAAGAAGCAGAACUGCACCUCACUUACCUCAAGUCAACCCCUCCAACACUGGACACAGUUCAUUCCAAACAGGAAUGGGAGACAAGACUCAAUGGAGUUCGGCUAAUGAAAAAGAAUGUCCGGGACCAGUUUAAUAGUCAUAUCCAGCUAGUGCGGAAUGGAGCCAAGCUGAGCAGCCUUCCUCAAAUCCCUACCCCCACUUUACCCCCACCUCCCUCUGAGACAGACUUCAUGCUUCAAGUAUUUCAGCCCAGCCCCUCUCUGACUCCUCGGAUGCCCUUCUCCAUUGGGCAGGUCACAAUGCCCAUGGUUAUGCCCAGUGCGGAUCCACGUUCCUUGUCUUUCCCGAUCUUGAAUCCUACCCUUUCCCAGUCCAAUCAGCCUUCCCCACCCCUUCCUGGCUCCCAUGGGAGAAAUAGCCCUGGCUUGGGCUCCCUGGUUAGCCCCCAUGGUCCACACAUGCCCCCUGCUGCCUCCAUCCCUCCUCCCCCAGGCUUGGGUGGCAUUAAGGCAUCUACUGAAACCCCUCGGCCCCAACCAGUAGAUAAACUGGAGAAGAUUUUGGAGAAGCUGUUGACUCGGUUCCCACAGUGCAAUAAGGCCCAGAUGACAAACAUUCUUCAGCAAAUCAAGACAGCACGAACCACCAUGGCAGGCCUGACCAUGGAGGAGCUGAUCCAGUUGGUAGCCGCACGACUGGCAGAGCAGGAGAGGGUGGCGGCCAGUGCGCAGCCACUUGGUCGGAUCCGAGCCUUGUACCCUGCACCUCUGGCCCAAAUAAAUACCCCGAUGUUCUUGCCUUCUGCUCAAGUUUCCUAUCCUGGAAGAUCUUCCCACGGUCCAGCCACCUGUAAGCUCUGUCUGAUGUGCCAGAAACUUGUGCAGCCUAGUGAGUUGCACCCGAUGGCAUGUAGCCAUGUGUUGCACAAGGAGUGUAUCAAAUUUUGGGCCCAGACCAACACAAAUGACACUUGUCCCUUUUGUCCAACUCUUAAAUGACGGACCUGACCAGCAAGGAAGAAGAGGAGAAUCUGAUGUGAACAGGAAGCGCGGGUUCAAGAUUUCUAGAACUCUAUAUUUAUAUAGUGACAUAUACCCAUGCCAUGUACAUUUUUAUUAUAUAGGGAAUGUGUGUAUAGGAAGUCUGUAUUCAAAUGUUCGUAAUGAAAGUAUGUAUAUAGUGCAGAAACACCACUCUCUUCCCCCUUACCUUGCAGUUCUUUGGGGGAUGCAGAUUGUAGGGAAUGUGAUGUUUAAUUUGGCCUUGAAAUCACAAUAUCCCUGGACAGGGUUGUUUUCAAACCGAUCUAGGAAGCUGCUGUUGCUCUAAGGCCAUCCUGCUUUGGUUUGGCUCCGCCUCUGGUCCAUUUUCAUCAGACUCUGUCUGCAGACUUGAAGCCUGGUGCUCACCUGCUGACCAGCCAGAUGCCUUGCUUACUAGGAGCCUCCGGAAGCCUCAGUGCUGUUCUAGCCACUUCACUCCAAUGGAUAAAAGAGACUCUGAUUGAGGGAAAAAAUGUAGCCCUGAUAGUUUGAUUUUUCAUUGAAUAUUUUACUGUGUUAAUGCUCAUUAUUUAUACAUAGAUACUGGGUUUACAGAAUGUUCUGUUUUACAUGAGCAAAAUUCAUACUCCAAGAAUAACAACCAGGUUCCAUUUCUCCCACAA